AUGGCAUCUUGGCUUCGUUUGACAGAUGAUGAAAUUAAGCAGCGAAGUGACCAUCUCAUGCAGACCUCUUUGCACAUGUAUUUGAAGCAUGACACAACCUUGUCUCCUUCAGCUGUCUUAGUUGAUCUAUUAACCUCACCGUUGCGUAUGGUGUCUUCCGGUUUCCAGUGCUGUGACCGUAUGCUGCGCGAAGCCAAUGUUGGAACCAGCCAUAGUGGUGGCUUUCCUACAGGGACUCUCACGGAGUUCUACGGUGCUUCAUUGAGCGGGAAAAGUUACAUCCUUCAAUAUGUCGCUAGAUCCUUCAUCCAAAAAAUGCUAUCCAUGCAACAACUGUAUGAAACUCAAAACCGGUUAAAUAAGGAGGAAUCAUACGUGCCCAAGAAGGAAAAACAACAAAAGUUUAGACGUAUCCAUAGCAUCGAAUCGAAGGCAGCAACAGCGUACUCUCGCAGCACUAAAAAAUAUAUUGCUGAGUUUCUCGAGUGGGAUGUGUAUAUAUGCCUGAGUACAAGUCAAUUACCAGAGUCCAGCACGCAAGCAACCCAAGGAUGUGGACAAAACUGGUGGAACUUAUUGACAGAACAAAGCGCAUGGGGCCCCGAAAAAAUUUCCUAUGUCAAUGAGCAUAUCCAUGUGGUUACCAUGCAUCAUCCUAACGAUUUAUUAGACUUCUUGUCAUUUUUGGAUAAACAACUCCAGGUGGGCUUUAUCAAAGCCCAUGAUCAGGAUAAGCAUAAAAAGCAAAGGCAUCAUUCCAGUGCAGAGAAUGCAAGUCUACGAGGUGUAUCUGCGUAUGGAACCUGCACAGGAGAGCGGUCAACAGAUUACUGUUCAGUUCAUCAGUUUAAUGCCGAUAAACGGGAAUCUAGAGAGACAUCUACAGGAUGGGAUAGCACUUUACAUACGUGCGGAUACUCACCAGAUAAGGCUACAAAUUCUAAUACAGAAUACUCGCCCAUGCAACCCCAAUCUCAGAAGUCAAAUGAGACCAAUACGAGCGUACAUUUCUCACAAAACAGAUGUAGUGAAAAAACGGCCAAUUUUCAACCAGUAGUUGAUGAAGAGUGUGCAGAUGCAAAGAAUGUGGAAAUGUCUCCCCGUAGCCCCAAUUGUGAGGAGGGAACAGAAGCUUCUCUGCAUACUUCAUAUGAGCGCUAUACAUGUUGUUGGAGGCAACAGCGGAGGAAAAAAAGUGUCUUAGUUCUUAUUGAUUCCCUAUCCUGGGUUUGGCAGCAUCCAGCACUCCAAAGCAGUGCUGACCUUGGCAACACGCAUCCUAUGAACUGGUACGCAGCGGAGCUCCAUCGGCUGCUGCGUGUGUGUCUUCAGCCUCGCUUUGUAACCCUCGGUCCUAAACCAGAAGAGAUGAAAAGUGAAUCCUCUCCCAUAUUGCAUAAUGAAAUACAGGAAAUUAUAACCACAGCUAUUGUGGCCAAUGGAUGCACCCUUCAAGGCCCUUUCGGCCGCACCCCUCCUUAUCUUGAAAAUAGCGGAGCACCGCUAACGGAUGAAUCAACAGGAUUUAAAAAGAGCAGCAAUGCUGUCCACGCAAGUAAGAUACAUUUGAUGCCUCAGGCGAAACCUCUUGGAAAAGAGGCGUGGUGGGCAGCUCCAGACUACCGAAUUUUUCUUGAAGUGGUCGAUUCACGCGCGCUUGGGGACUCAGCAGUGGGAGCCAUCAAUGUAAAAAAGCCCAGUUUCGACAAAGAUAUGAAUAAGAAAUCAAACGAGCACAGCAUCUCGAGAGGAAGUUUUAAUGAUGGUAUUAGCGACGCGUAUCAUGACGAUGGUAACAGCAGGAGCUAUGAGAAGAUUACUUUAGGCCACACUAACGGGAAACCACGUUUUAGGUCUCGUUUAUAUCUGGUAAAGGGUGGAAGUACUCACGCCACAUGCAUGAUGCCGUAUAUGGAUAAAUAUCAAUGA